AUGGAUGCUUCUGAAUUGAUUUUAAACCUCGUGCAAAAAGCUGCAAUUAAAACAGAAGUUAAGGGACAAAAUUUAAGUAACUGUGAACUUUUUUCCAAUCGUGACGAUAAUCCAUUCCCUAGACAGGAUGCAAUCGUCAAAAAUUCUUUUCCCUGUGAUGUGUCCGAAAAAUCAUGUGGGGAUUGUAAAAAAGAAAAAUCUGAAGGAGGAGUGUUCAAGGUUUCCUUGACGACAACCGACGAAGAUUUGGAAAACGAUAAGGAGAAUGUGUCAAGGAAGAAGAUCCGUGUGGAGGCAAGGCAGAUUUGCAGUAAUCGUGAAAAAAACGACGAGGAGAAAAUCUUCGUGCUGCAGCAACUCGGUCGAUCGCAGAUACGUCCAGAAGGAUUCCCGGCAUUUCUAUGCAUCGACGGGAGAAUUGCCGAUUCAAAUGGAGUUAAACGAAAAAUCCCACGACCAGCGAACGCUUUCAUGCUGUUCGCCAACGAAUGGCGUAAAAAGCUUGCUGCAGAGAAUCCUCGGGAAUCUAACAAGGACAUUAGCGUUAGAUUAGGAAUCCUUUGGAAGAACAUGGCGAAAGACAUGAAGGAAAAAUACUUUGCCCUGGCCCGGGAAGUGGACGCGGAGCACAAGAGGAAAUAUCCCGAAUCCUAG